AUGGCAUACGAGGAGAUCGGGAGGGUAGCUCUCGUCAACUAUGGCAAAGACUACGGGAAGCUCAGUGUCUUUGUCAAUGUCAUCGACCAGAACCAAGCUACGAUCAGGAUCCCCGAGAUGGAGAUGAACAAAGAAAACAUUCGAAAAAACAUUAAGGUGGUUGUUGUGAGAAGAAUUCUUGCCGGAAAAGCCAAGAACGGGAAAAUAAAACAUUGGAAAUUCACCGGAGAAGGAAGGUCAGAAUCAAGAAAUAAGAGAGAUCAGGCCGUUAAAGCAGCCCAGUACAUUCCAAUCUACACCGUUGAUCUUAAUUGUAAGGAUAGAUUUGAAGCCCUUAGAUCAAAAGAUUAUGUCCUCUAG